GCGUGUAUCAAACCAACAACAAAACCCUGCGGUGCAAACAGCGAUCUCUGAAUAGUAUCAUUAAUUAUGUUAUUAACUCUGUAAUAACUGAAAACAUGUAUUUAUUUGCGAUAGCCUUGUUGAUAAUGGUGGUUUCUCACGGAAGUUGUUAUUAUUCGAAAUGUUGCAAAAUCGAAGAGCACUUGGUUGAAAGAAACUCUUCUCAUACCUGUGUAGAAGAUAAAUUAAGACGAAUGUACGUUUUAACAAAUGAAACCGAUUAUCUAAAAGACAGUUUUGAUGGUGAAUGUGUGGAUACCAAAACGGAUUUUUCUACCUUCAAGGUUACCGGUGGAAAAGUUGUGGAGAAGGGGCCUAUGAACGAAAAUAUUUUUUCCAAAUGUUGCCCUUUAAAUUACACUUACAAUUCUGUUUUACAUUCUUGUGAAGAGUCAGAAGCUGACUUCAAUUUCAUGGAAGGGCCUUUCGUCAAAAUUGGAUUGCCCGGUUGUAAAGUUAUAGUAGACCAAGAGUUGACUGAUAUAACCCAAAAGUACCAUGACUUAAAACAUUCUGCUUCUCCAGAAUCCUAUUGUUUCGACAGGAACGAAAAAGGGUCAUUUGUUUACAGACAAUGCAAGAAGGAUUUAGAAGUUUGCGAAAAUAUCAGAUGUAUUAAAAAAUGCUGCCCUGAUGGUCAAAGUUUCAUAAACCGAUCCCAGUGUUUUGAUACUUACACGCAUGGAUUAAAUUUGUCUACUUUUCUGAAUGUAGACAAAGCUGAAGAGCCCUUCGCCGUCAUAUCAAACCGAAUAUGCCCUUCAAUAUUCAUAAUGAGGGAAGGACAGUACACUUUUCAUCUAGACGACAAGGGAAUAUUGACAUUUUGGCAAAAGAAGACUAAAUCUUUUAUUCCUUUCAAUGUCAGCGACAUGAACUCCUACUGUAUAGAGCAUACCCGUACACCGACCUUUGAUGGAUACCUAUUUUUUAUGUGUUUCCCAGAGGAGCCUGCUGCCAAGAAAUUUGAGUAUACUGUAUGGGCGAAAAUUCUCUCGUGUAUAUUUCUAGUUUUGACAAUUUUGGUGUAUGCGAUUCUCCAUGAAACCCGAAACGUUUUUGGGAAAUUACUUGUAAAUUAUUGCGCAGCAAUAUUUUUUAACGAUGCCGUGUUGACCUACGGUCAGUUGAGCCUUUUUCCGAGUCAUUCCAACUGUUUGGUAAGAGCCUUUAGUUUGAUAUUCUUAACAUCCGCAUCGUUUAGCUGGUCCAAUGUGAUAUGCUGCGACAUAUAUCGCACCUUUGGUUCAAUGCAGCAAACCAAGGGGCCUCUAAGGAAUAAACUUAAAAAAUUAUUUCUAUAUCUACUCUAUGGCUGGGGAGUACCAACUGUUAUGACUUUAAUAAUAGCUUUAUUUUACAAUUAUCGGGUUCUGCCCUACUCCAUUCAACCCUAUAUGGCUGAAAUAAAAUGUUUCUUCGACAGAAAGGAAGAAAAUUACUCUCAAGCUUUGUUUUUCAAUUUACCGCAUUUGAUUAUACAAUUAGUUAAUACAGUAUUUUUCAUAAAAACUACUAUUUACUGUUUGAAAGUAAAGAAUGAAAUUAAUAGAAUCAAAGACACGGUAUCAGAUGAGAGGAACAAACGCUUUCAAAAGGACAAAGAGAGAUUAUUUCUUAUAUUGAAGUUGUCUGUGAUCAUGGGCAUUUCAUUUAUGUUCGAAGUUAUAUCUUCAUUCUUUGACAUGAAGAAAAUGGGUACUACUGCCAUCUACAUAGAAAUAGUUUGGGAUCUCCUAAACUGUUUGCAAGGUGUUUUCAUAUUCAUCAUUUUUAUAUGCAAGCGAAAAAUAUACCACGAUUUGUUGAGAAAACUGAAGAUAUCAACUUCAAGAAACCUAUCAUUUUCAUCAGUAAGUACUCAAGUAACAGCUGCCUCAAGUAGGUCAUCUAAGAAGUCUUCGAAUGCGGAAAGUACCACUAACAUGUUAAAAACUUAGUCUCAUUUCACUUUGCUUGAAUAUUUAAAAUAUUGUACCUGGCAUACCAAAUAUUUAGAUGGAACCUUAUAUUUAUAAUUUAUGCAAGAUGUGUUAUUUCUAUAAAAUUGCAUGUUGAGCGAGAUGUCUGUUACCAUUGUAAUGCACCAAAUAUUGACAUAUAAGUGUUGUACUGUAUUUUUAUUGUUAUUGUUUUAUGUAUGUAGGUAUAUGUUUUAUGAUGUCAAAUACUUAUUGAAUGUGUGGUGAUAUUUAAUGUGAUAUUUCAGUGUUAAAUAAAAAAAAAGAUGUAGUUAUAUUUAUGAGAAAAAUCUGUCUUUAUGCACUUAAUGUUCUUUAUGUAUACAAAGGUAUUUUAAUGGAAUAUAAUUAAGUAAAAAAAAUACGAGACGCAUAAGAAAAUUCUUAAAUUAAUAUCCGGACUAUGCAACCAGACAUAUAAGCAAAAGUUAUACUUAUUUUUCGAGCAACGAAAAGUACAUUUAUAUGAUAUUUUGGUUGCCUAUUAGUGGGCAGGUUUUUUUAAAGAAUUUUGAGAUUGUAUAUCGUCUCCAUUACAAAAUAGUACCACCAUAAUUUGU